GCAAUGAACUACCCCCCACCUUUUACAACAAAAACAGCCGACCAUAUUUUCUUCUCCUCUCUAUAACCAUCUCCCUAAAACUUCUUCCAUCUCAAAACAAUAGAACUUCAUCCCCAUCUCGUCAUCAUGUCCGACGUCCCUGAGACCAAGCCUGACCCCACUACCAGCGCUCCUGAGGCGGCUGAGAAGCCCGAGGAGACCACCACCUCUACCGAAGCUCCCAAGACUGAGGAGGAAAAGUCUACAACUGAGGCCGUAGUUGACACAGCUAAGGAGGCGGCUACCAAGACAACCGACAGCGUUUUCGCUAUGUUCGGCGGUGGUCCCAAGAAGGAAAAGAAGGAAGAACCUGAGGAUAACAAUGAUGAGCCAUCUGGCUCUUCCAAGGCUCAGAAAACUGAGGAAGACGAUGAAGCACCUGAGUCCCCUGACGUUCACUUCGAGCCUGUUAUCCGCCUGACCGAGAAGGUGGAAACCAAGACCAACGAGGAACUUGAGGAGCAGACCUUCAAGAUGCGGGCUAAGCUGUUCCGAUUCGACGCUGAGAGCAAGGAAUGGAAAGAGCGUGGUACUGGCGAUGUUAGACUGCUCAAGCACAAGGAGAACCAGAAGACUCGCCUGGUGAUGCGCAGAGACAAGACUUUGAAGGUCUGCGCCAACCACUACAUUGUCCCUGCAAUGAAGUUGAGCCCCAACGUUGGCAGUGAUCGCAGCUGGGUUUGGAACGCCACUGCCGAUGUCAGUGAGGGUGAGCCCGAGGCGCAGACCCUGGCUAUUCGUUUCGCCAACAGUGAGAAUGCCAACCUGUUCAAGGAGGCUUUCGAAAAGGCUCAGCAGGAGAACGAGAAACUCCUCGCCGACCAGUAAAACUUUUGCCCCCGAGUGGACUGAAAUGAGUUUUACUUGAUGAACUAUCAUUAAUUACCCUUUUGAUUGUUUCAAAACACUACGAGUGAAUAUAAGACUCGCCGGUGGACAACACAGCGUUAACCAAUCUGUAUCCCCUUCCCUAUCACAUCCUUUCCGAUAUUGUCACAUCCUCCAGCCCCAUCCCCCGACGACUACGCGACGAGAACGGUUCACUGACACCGGUCGCGACAAGAUCGCGAGCCAGCUUCCGGCACACAUUCAACCUCACCAGAUGAUGUUGAAUGUAUGUUGAUAUGGCAGUAGAUUAGUAGACCCCGGACCCCUGCAAAUAUAUGUUUGAAAUGCACGAUGACCCCGUUAUGUAUUGAAUCUCAUAAAAUCAAAUAUAGAUCUCCUGUGUCACGCGUAAAGUUCUCGUCGUUGUUGCAAGACUUCAUCGUUGGUAUAUGUUAUGUACAUAAGCUCAUAUAUGCGGUGACGAUAGGCCUUAAAAGUGAAGGGAAGGGUAGGGUAGAGUCAUCAGUCACAUAAUUUUUCUUCGAAAGAACGGGCGUAUCGAGCUCUGGUAUUUCAUGAUGUUGGAUGGUUUAGGGUCCCUAGCGGCAAAGGUUGACCACGACCACCAGUGAACGUCUAAGUCGUGAAUGCCUGAAAGUCAAGUCAGUCGGAUCGCUUCAUCCGCCCCCCUCUUCCUUGC